GGGACUGAGAUUCGUACUCGAUUUUAAUUAAGAUUGUUUGUUUCCUGUAUGCAUCCCGUACCAAUUGUUGUUGACGCUGCCAUAUUUUUCUCCAUCAUAAGUCGGCUGCAUCUCUAGGAGGUACGACACGAACGAUUCAUCAGAUACGUUCAAAGUAAUACAUCUUGCCGCAUCAAAUCCUGCAAACGGAUGAAUGGAUUUGGAAGGCAUCUUAAGCUUUCAAAGGCACGUCAUUUUGCAAAGUUACCACAGGAUAAGCACAACGAGGCUUCAGCCUUUUGGCACCCCACUUCUCGACCCUACUCAAACCCCAACAUCUGUUCUAUCCCAUCUGGUCAUCUCCAUCGAUCCGUAAGAACAGAACGGGGAGACUUGCGGCGCCCAGUGUCAUCCUGCAACAUAUUUGAGAUAUCCUCUAAGCCCACGAACCACACCCACUCUUUCUCAUCCGCUUGACCGAACUGACCGAACUGACCGAACGUUUUGAGCUGCUUGCAUUAUCGAAUCCCUUUGUUCCAGAAUACUGAUCACACUCAGGAUUUUCUCUGGGAUAGUGGUAUAUUUAUCGUUUCUGACCCACGCCUCUUUCACAUGCUCCGACAUUGACGAAGAGAUCCACCGGGCCUGGUUCCGUGGUUGAGAAUAGAGUAUCAUUCACACAAAACUUUUUACCCUUGCACUUGCAUCGUGCAACGAUCUUUUCUUCCUUGUUCACUGAAGUCCUCCCACCCCCAGGGAAAUUUCUGGAGGCAAAUAUACACACGAUAAAAGUAGACCGAGGCAUGAAGUUGUCCGUACAUUCAGGAUGCCUAAAUCUUUAAAUGAAUCCCUGAUCACAGCAGGAGAACCUCCUGUCAAUGCUGCACCCGACCGAAAUCGAUCAAUGGAAGGAGCAAAGAAGGUCAGCGAAGGCUACUCAAAGGACCAAAGAGAUCCUCUUGCUAGCGAUCAGCCAAAGCACGAGCAAGGAAUUACUUUUGCUGCCCAAGACAAGUUACCAAAGCUACCGAUACCAGAGUUGGACAGCAGCAUGACGAAAUAUCUGACAGCUCUAAAGCCAUUGCAGUCACCGAGAGAACAUGCAGAGACCAAACAAGCAGUGGAAGAGUUUUUGAAGAAUGAUGGACCGGAACUUCACGAGAGACUAAAGAAGUAUGCAAAUGGAAAGACUAGUUAUAUUGAGCAGUUUUGGUACGACUCAUACCUUAACUUUGACAACCCAGUUGUUCUGAACCUCAACCCCUUUUUCUUACUUGAGGACGACCCGACGCCUGCAAGAAACAACCAAGUAACUCGUGCAGCCUCAUUAGUGGUAUCUGCAUUGUCUUUCGUCCGCGCAGUUAGAAGAGAAGAAUUACCUCCCGACACAGUAAGAGGCACGCCUCUCUGCAUGUACCAAUACUCGAGAUUAUUCGGAACUGCACGCGUACCUACUGAGAAUGGAUGUCACAUCGGACAAGAUCCAGAAUCAAAGCAUCUCGUGGUCCUUUGCCAUGGUCAAUUUUACUGGUUUGAUGUUCUCGAUGAUAAUUCGGACCUGAUCAUGACUGAACGAGACGUCUCGAUCAAUCUACAAACAAUUGUCGAUGACGCGCAGCAAACCCCUAUACAAGAUGCCGCCAAAGGUGCACUUGGUGUUCUCAGUACCGAGAAUAGAAAGAUUUGGUCGGGUCUUAGAGAUGUGAUGACCAGGGAAGAAGGAUCAAAUAAUGCAGAUUGUCUUGGAAUCGUAGAUUCUGCCUUAUUUAUACUCUGCCUUGAUUACACAGAGCCCCAUUCCCAAGCAGAUUUAUGUCAAAACAUGCUCUGUGGAACUAGUCAAGUUGAAAAGGGUGUUCAAAUUGGAACAUGCACGAAUCGUUGGUACGACAAAUUACAAAUUAUCGUCUGCAAAAAUGGCAGUGCAGGUAUCAACUUCGAACACACCGGUGUAGACGGGCAUACCGUCCUCCGAUUUGCAAGCGAUGUGUAUACAGAUACAAUCCUCCGUUUUGCUCGUACAAUCAACGGACAGGCACCUAGUCUCUGGGCAUCGACCAGUCCAGACCCAGCUAAACGUGACCCGGCUAGUUUUGGAGAUGUAAGCACUACUCCUCACAAAUUAGAGUGGGAUAUGAUACCUGAACUCAGUAUUGCCGUUCGCUUUGCGGAGACUCGUCUUGCAGAUCUCAUCCAACAAAAUGAAUUCGAAACGCUCGAUUUCGCAGCGUAUGGAAAGAAUUUCAUAACGAGCAUGGGAUUCUCCCCAGAUGCUUUCGUGCAAAUGGCAUUUCAGGCUGCAUAUUAUGGUUUAUACGGUAGAGUGGAAUGUACAUAUGAGCCAGCAAUGACGAAAGUCUUUCUUCAUGGAAGAACUGAAGCUAUACGAUCCGUAACACCCGAAUCACUUGAUUUCGUACAGAAAUUCUGGGCUGAAAAUCCCCCAGAACAAAAGGUCGAGGCGCUGAAGAAAGCAUGCCAGAAACACACAGCUAAUACGAAGGAAUGCGCGAAAGCCCAAGGUUGCGAUCGCCACUUAUAUGCUCUCUUUAGUGUGUGGCAAAAAGCAGUCGACGAAGAUGGUGCAGAGGCGGCUAGUAGUAAUGGAUUGAGCAGCAAUGGAUACUCCAGCCCUGUUGAGACAGGUUCAUCUAGAGGUAACUCGGUAAUUGGUAGCCCAGGCCGGAAUUCAAUUUUGAGUGAUAGCGAUGAAAUCGAGCGUCGCUCAUCUCGUGCUCGAGGCAAUUCCACCCCAGGAUCAUUGAAUCAUUCCAUGCCUCUUCUUUUCGCAGACAGUGGUUGGGACAAGCUCAACACAACCGUCCUCUCAACCUCCAACUGCGGUAAUCCAUCCCUUCGCCAGUUCGGAUUCGGUCCUACUUCCGGUGACGGAUUUGGAAUCGGAUAUAUUAUCAAGGAUGAAGGAAUCAGUAUCUGUGCCAGUAGUAAGCAUCGCCAGACAAAACGCUUUGUAGAUGCUAUUGAGAGUUAUUUGCUCGAAAUUAGGAGAGUGUUGAAAUCUACGAGAAGAGGCACAAGUCCAAAGGCUAGUAGAGCGAGAGAAACUAGUACUAAUAGACCGACUGCGGGGAAAAAGUUGAAGAGCAGAGGAAGAGUUCUUAGAACUGCAGAGUUGGGUAAGAAAACGCUCGGGACGAUGACGCCGGGAUAUGAGAGUGCGGCUGCUAGUGAUGAUGAGGGGUUGGGUGGAUAUGGAUUCUUCGACGCAGGCAUGCUUCUUCAAGCUCUCAAAGCAAGAGGUGAAGGCCUAGAUGAUUCAAAUACGAGAUCUUCCGAACGCGCCAAUGCCAAUGCGAGAAGGAGGGAAAUUGGAAAGAAAUUGAGAUUGAGUGAAUACUAGGUUUGGGAUUUAGCAAGGCUCUCAAGAGAUAGGCAAAUAUGGAUAAGGUGAUAUGGGAGGUUCUUGGAGUUUUUACAUUCUAAAUAAACGAGGGUCUUUGGAGACUUGGAUGGAGACUUGGAGGGACCCUCGCAUUGACAAGACUGGAGUUUUUAUGUAUUGCAACAUUGUUAUGUUAUUUUUCUCGGUACACAUACCUUUUUUUUAACGAAUAAACGAGGAAUUUGAGAAUAAUCAACCUAGUAUAGUAUCACGAAUGCUUUUA